AUGGAGAAGGUGACGAGAGCGGCUCGCGCGGUGAUCGCAAGGGACCAGUUAGCACCGGGAGCGCUACUACAACAAACGCGUCCGUCAGGCAACGACGUUCAAAGUAGGAGACUUAGUGUGGGUGGUGAGACCGCCACGAGGUCAGGACGUUACAAAAUUGGCACACCGGUGGGUCGGACCGGCCAAGAUUGUACAAACUUCCUAGUGUCGAGCAGAUGCUCGAGUAACUCGUUGGGUGUGGUGGCGGACCGCAUCUUGGCAGAGCUAGCCGCGGAGGAGGACGUAACGGAGGAACGGGAUGGUGGUACGACAAUGCAGCAGGAGCCGUUGGCAGUGGCGGCCGCGACCGGCGGAGAAGACGGGGAUGGUGAACGGCGAGACGGUGAGCAAAGCCCUGGCGGGCGUGAGCAACGGGAUGGCAAGCAACGGGAAGACGACGGGAACGCCAGUAGAGAAGGCGAGGCGGACGAAGGAGCUCGCACGGGCGGUACGACCGCAGAAGUUGAGACGCUACGAGGCAGGGGCACGCAGAGGCGACCGGAGCCGAUGCCCGCACCCUUGCAAGCGGCGACGGCUGGCUACAUUGUUGAGAGAGCAAGACGAAGAGUACGGAAACGGGCGGGGCACUACACGCUCGAUCCCCGGGUCGAGUACAGCACACAACGUGGGCGGCCGAGUGGGUGGCGGUAG